CGAUACGGCAACCUUUCUCAUGUCUGUACAUUGAUCGGAUGCUAGGCAAGAAAACGAAGACCGCUCCUUUUUGUUUACCUUUUUCUAUCGAGUCCCUGCUUUUGAUUUAGGUUUUCCCUGCUCAAUUCUCUUAUCUUUGUAUGAACUCUCUGAAUCUGUGAAAGUUUCUUAGUUAUUUUGCUUCAUGUUCCGGUUUUGAAUCAUAAAAAACUUUUUCUUCGAUUGAUUGGACUUUGUUGCGAUGCUUCCUGUUUGCAAGUUCCUAUUUUGUUGCUGGUAUUCUUAAUUAGCUUCUGGUUUUCCCAAUUGGAUUUCCUUAUCUUCUCGUAAGGUUUCUGAAUCUGUGGUUAAUAUUUUGUUACUAAUAUUCAACGUCUGGUUUCCCUAAAUUUCUUUCCCCUCUGACAAGUGCGCUCUCUUUUUGUAGGUUCAUGAUUUAUCACUGAAAUUCUUCUUUAGCUUCUGAAAUUCUGUGAAAGAUUGCUUUUUAAAGUGGUCAAGGAUGACAAUUGCAAGUGUUCUUCCGGAGAAGAGAAGUAAGGGAAAGGGAAAGCAUGUUCUUGAGGAGAACUCUCCCUUGCUGCCAAGCUUGCUGAAAGAUGAUGCAGAUUUUGAUGAAUUUAAUGGUGCUUCAUUUUCUGGUGCUGUAUUUAAUCUGUCGACUACCAUUGUGGGGGCUGGAAUCAUGUCUCUUCCAGCCACCAUGAAAGUGUUGGGUUUGGUGCCAGGGAUAUUCAUGAUUAUAUUUUUUGCAUUCCUAACUGAGGCUUCAAUAGAGUUUUUGAUUAGAUUCAGUCAGGUUGGGAAGUCAGUUUCUUACGCAGGUGUCAUGGGUGAUUCUUUUGGAAAGAUUGGGAGGAUGCUGCUUCAGAUUUGUGUGAUUGUAAAUAAUGUUGGUGUGAUGAUUGUCUAUAUGAUUAUAAUUGGUGAUGUGCUCUCUGGAACAUCUUCUAGUGGACUUCAUCACUCAGGUGUAUUGGAAGGAUGGUUUGGUGAGCAUUGGUGGAAUGGGCGUUUCUUUGUUCUUCUUGUGACAACUCUUGUAGUUUUUGCUCCUUUAGCAAGCUUCAAGCAUGUGGAUUCGUUGAGUUACACGUCGGCCUUGUCUGUUGCUCUCGCUGUAAUUUUUGUUGUAAUCACUGCUGGGAUUGCUGUUAUCAAAUUACUAAAUGGAAGCAUUCCAAUGCCGAAAUUGUUUCCUGUGAUACCGGAUCUCGCAUCUGUUUCGAAGCUCUUCACCACAGUUCCGGUUCUCGUGACGGCUUUUAUCUGCCAUUAUAAUGUUCAUAGCAUUGACAAUGAACUUGAAGACUCCUCCCAGAUAAAGCCUAUUGUGAGGACAUCACUAGCACUCUGCUCUACUGUUUACAUAGCCACGAGCUUCUUCGGUUAUCUUCUCUUCGGCGAAUCGACUCUUCAUGAUGUGCUUGCCAACUUCGACGAAAACCUCGGCAUACCUUACAGUGCUGUUAUGAAUGAUGUUGUUCGUGUCAGCUACGCUGUACAUCUCAUGCUUGUUUUCCCUAUGAUAUUUCAUGCUUUGAGGCUCAACUUGGAUGGUCUCCUCUUUCCCAAUGCCAGGCCUUUAUCUACUGAUAAUUGUAGGUUCACUGUGACUUCAGUAACACUUCUUUCGCUGGUGUUUUUAGCCGCAAACUUUGUUCCGAGCAUCUGGGAUGCCUUCCAAUUUACCGGCGCCACCGCCGCAGUUUGCAUCGGGUUCAUCUUUCCAGCUGCCAUCACACUUAAGGAUCCCCAUGGUAUUGCGACUUUGCAGGACAAACUUCUAUCUGUUCUAAUGAUUGUGCUUGCUGUGCUAUCAAAUGGAGUAGCUAUUUAUAGUGAUGCCUCCUCUCUCUUCAAUGCUCCCAAGGCUUAAGAUCAACAUUGAGCUAUUUGGUUCUCCUCUGGUUGAAAAAAAAAGCAUUCAUUAUGCGUAUUAUGAGGAACAAAGAGGAGUCCAGUGUUAGGCUUCCUUUGUUCAAUGUUCUGUGCAAUAAUAAUAACAAUAAACUAUUAAGCCUCAAUAUGUUAGUUGAGAUAAUUUGUAUGGGUUAUUUUGUGUUUUAAUAUAGAAGGAUUCAAUUGUUUAUGUAGAUAGUUAAUCAGUGUUCUGUUCUGGUAUGAAUAAUGUUGAGAAGCUGAA